GCAGGAAGGACAUGUGAGAUACUCACAGUUCUACAGUGGACAGAGUAAGACCUAACCAUUUCAACUCCGCGUCUGGCUAGAAUGAUCGCGCUUGGAUGGACAUCCGCAUCGAAAGAGUAAUCUUAUUUUUCUGAAAGCGACUGUUGGAGAACAGCGGAGCCCGAACCUUCAUCCAAAGUGUCGUUGCGCUCACUUGGACUGAUAUUAUUACAGGACUUCGUGGAAUCAUUCGCUCCGGGAGUUAAAGUUGUAGUUCCCCACCAAGCUUGCCUUUUGCUCUUCGCGAUACCUCCAGACCGUGUUGAGAUCAUUCUUUGCAGUGGUUUAUUUUUUCUGAGGUUAUUCCGUAUAUCCACUGGUUCAAAAGUAGAUUUCUCUGGAUACGCACGGGUUUUGUGGAACCUAAAUACCAAGCUCUAUCAAAAUUUCACUUCGAUUUUUGGAUGCACCGAUGAGAGAUCCAGUUUUCACAGGGACUGCCAUGGCUUAUCACCCCUUCCACGCACAUCGGGCAACUGACUUCCCCAUGUCAGCUUUCCUAGCGGCUGCUCAGCCCUCAUUCUUCCCGGCGCUGGCGCUGCCUCCCGGGGCUCUCACUAAGCCCAUUCCGGAUCAUACCCUCGCCGGAGCCGCGGAGGCAGGUCUUCAUCCGGCUCUGAGUCACCACCAUCAGGCAGCUCAUCUGCGUAGCCUGAAGAGCCUGGAGCCGGAGGAAGAAGUCGAGGACGACCCAAAAGUGACAUUGGAGGCCAAGGAUCUGUGGGACCAGUUCCAUAAACUAGGAACCGAAAUGGUUAUUACGAAAUCUGGCAGGAGGAUGUUCCCACCUUUUAAAGUCAGAAUAAAUGGUCUUGAUAAAAAGGCCAAAUAUAUAUUACUAAUGGAUAUAGUCGCUGCCGACGACUGCCGCUACAAAUUCCAUAAUUCUCGCUGGAUGGUUGCGGGAAAGGCCGACCCGGAGAUGCCCAAGCGAAUGUACAUCCACCCGGACAGUCCAGCCACCGGAGAGCAGUGGAUGGCCAAGCCUGUUGCUUUUCAUAAACUCAAGCUGACCAACAAUAUAUCGGACAAACAUGGAUUUGUAAGUAAUAGCUUACUAUCCGCUACUAUUUUGAAUUCAAUGCAUAAAUACCAGCCAAGGUUUCAUAUUGUGAGAGCCAACGACAUUCUGAAGCUGCCCUACAGUACUUUCAGGACAUACGUAUUCCCCGAAACAGAAUUCAUUGCUGUCACUGCCUAUCAGAAUGACAAGAUAACACAACUGAAGAUUGAUAAUAAUCCUUUUGCCAAAGGAUUUAGAGACACGGGAAAUGGAAGAAGAGAAAAGAGGAAACAGUUAACUCUUCCAUCACUACGUAUAUACGAGGAUCAAUGCAAAGCAGACCGAGAUGGCGCUGAUUCCGAUGCGUCCUCCAGUGAGCCUACCGGGGGGAGAGAUGGUGGUCAUUCCCCAAUCAGACCGGCGUCUAGUCCCCUGAGGUUCAGCCGAAGCAGUCGGGAUGAGAAAACUUGCACUGACAGUGAGCAGGAACUUGACCAACCUGAUGAGCGUGGUGCACCAUCAACUAGCCCUGGACCUGAGCCCCGAUCGCCAUUUAGUCCGAGAUGUGAUGACCGGGUCAAAGACAGGCCCAGUGCGGAGAAGAAAGACGACUAUCAAGACAGCAAAAAAUCAAGCGAUUCGAUUUUCAGCAUCCGAAACUUGGAGAAAGACAAGACUGAGAACAGACACAGGAAGGAAACAGAAACUUCUAAAAAAGACGCGGAUAAUGCCGGCUUGAGCGGUAAAGAGAGCUUUUCCCCGCUGAUGGUUCAGACGGAGAGCCCCUCUCACUUUGGCGCCAGCCAUUUACAAAGCCUGGCCCUUUCAGGCCUUCAUAGUCAACAGUUCUUUAACCCACUGAACACCGGACAACCUUUACUUUUCCACCCCGGACAGUUUGCUAUGGCCCCUGGCGCUUUUUCAGCCAUGGGCAUGGGGCAUCUAUUGGCCUCGGUUUCCGGAGCAAGUGGCUUGGAAAACGGAAGUCUUUCGGGCCAAAGCACUGGGAAUACGCCGAGCCCCUUUUCACCGUUUCACCUGUCGCAACACAUGCUCGCCUCUCAGGGUAUUCCUAUGCCAACCUUCGGGGGCCUCUUCCCAUACCCGUACACAUACAUGGCUGCAGCGGCCGCAGCAGCCUCGGCUCUCCCCACCAGCAGCGCGGCCUCCUCACUCUCGAGGAAUCCCUUCCUUACCAGCGCCUCCCGGCCUCGCCUGCGGUUCAACCCUUAUCAGCUCCCCGUGUCCAUUCCUCAGAGCACAAACCUGCUGACCACCGGAUUGCCAAGUGGCCUGAACCCAUCGUCCGAAUCUUCUAAAUCCGGCAGCAGGGAAGCGAGCCCCGCACCUGAGCAUAACCACAAAGCUGCAGCUGGUCAGAGGAACGGAUCGCCCAAAUCAUCCAUGAAGGAAUCUAUCAAUGAACUCCAGAAUAUUCAGAGACUGGUCAGUGGCCUUGAAAGCCAGAGGGAGGUAUCUCCGACUCGAGAUUCUCCCAAGUGACCUAGCGAGAUCCCUGCAACUUUCCACU